CCGAGAAGACUGGUGUGUGUACCUUUAAGAGAAAAGGAAAGCAGGAAGUCGCUCUGGGGCAACCAGAGGAGCCGCAAACUGACUGGGUCGCCUGCGCGGAGCUUGCACGGGGUCUCGCUGAACAAGUCACCAAGCCUGCCAGUCCCUCGGAGGGGAGUUGAGCUGUGUGAUCUCUAGAGAGGACCGACUGUCCGAUUUCAGGUAGGAUCCUUUGCUCGCAUAUACCUGUGAAGAUCGGCAACCGAGCUGCUUGAUUGAUUACUUCCUUGCGUCCGGCUUAAUUGGCAGUUGUUGGAGAUGAACGGUGCCUGUACACUUGCUUCCUGUAGGGUGCAAUUCCUAUCCUAUUUUUGGUGUGUUUGUUCCUGCCUGCAAUGCCGUGUUUGAAUUGCCUUGACAUGUUUUUGUUUUUUUUUUUAACUUUCUGCAAGGCAUGCAAGGAACGCGUAUAAGGGCUAGAGAGAUGCAAAGGUGGAGUGUAUAUUUUCGUGGAAGCAUGCUUUAUAAGGAAACAUUUGCUGUAUUUCUUUAAUGAGCCCCAGAGGCACUUCUGAGACUUUUUCACAGGGGAUGCAGCAACUGUUCAUUUAAUUUUGACACCCUAUUUAUUUUAUUUACUAAAUCGAUGCCCUGAACACCUAUAUAAUGGAUAUUAGCAUCACAGCAUUAACGCCACAGCCUCAAUAUCUUUUAAGACUGUGAUGUCCUCUCAAGAGUGGAGUCUGGGUGCUUCCAUUUAAUCAAAGGUGCUAAUGCACUUUUAACAUGACCGCAUCUAUUUGAGGUACAUUACAUGCUAAUAUAAACAUGUCUUCUUGUCAUGCCUUCAUAAGGAGUGCUAAACGGUGUUCUUACCAUAGCUAGCAAAACGGCCCUUUUGAAACAGUGGUAUCUGCUGUUUCCUUCUGUGCUCAGGGGAAUAAAACAGCCAAUAUAUCAGAAAGCCUGGUGGAUUCAGUUUCUACUUGCCAUAGUACAGUACAGAAAUUAGGGGAUUUUUUUAAAAAAGGAAAUUGGUCAAUGUUCAGGGAACUUUCCUCUCCCCCUGUGUAUGCUGUAUGUUUUGGGAAUGACUCCACAGAGGAUAUGCUACAAUCAACACUAAAACAUUGUGCCUUACUAGAAUAGCAGGGAUACUAGAACUUUUGUUAAGAGGUGUGUAUGUUUUGGCCCAUUCAUGUGGUGUGAAGGUGGCUGCCAAGGUUGUGAGUUCUUCACAUUGGUUGACAUUUUAUUUGCAGCCAGCAUUCCUAUAGCUUACUAGGCUAAGGUGGAAUUGAUAUGGCCAGGGGUCACCAAUGGCGGAGAGAACACUGUUGAGAUCUGCCUUUGUUUCAUGCUGGACAAGAAAUUGUGUGCAAUUGAUAUAAAAUGGAUGAACAUAGUUUUGGAUUGAAUUUUUAAAUUAAUUACCCUUGAGCAUGUACAGGAGUGUGCCACAUACUGAUGGACAUGAAGGAUGGGGCUUUCCAAGGUUACUUCAUGCAUUAUAUGCAAUAUCUCUUAGGCCUGGCAAUUGUUCAGAGAUCACAUUCCUUGAGCUCCUCCUAACAUGGGACCAAAUCCUGAUGUGGCUGCACUUUUGCUAAAAAUACACAACCGAACAUAAUAGGUCAGCGCCAGCAAUUCUGACAGCUGAGUGUGUGUGUGUAGGCAGAACAUAGCAGUAUAGAGAAUAUGGGGAACUGCCUUAUACAGUGGUACCUCUGGUUAAGAACUUAAUUCGUUCCGGAGGUCCGUUCUUAACCUGAAACUGUUCUUAACCUGAGGUACCACUUUAGCUAAUGGGGCCUCCUGCCGCCGCUGCCGCGCCGCUGGAGCACGAUUUCUGUUCUCAUCCUGAAGCAAAGUUCUUAACUUGAGGUACUACUGGUAUUUCUGGGUUAGCGGAGUUUGUAACCUGAAGCGUUUGUAACCCGAGGCACCACUGUACAGUACUGAGGUAGGCAGCUGGUUCAUUUAGCACUGUUUUGCAUACAUUGACAGUGACUCUUUAGGGAUAUAGGCAAAAGUCUUUCCUUGUCCUACCUGGAGAUGCUAUAAAACUAAGCUAAGGCUCUUGCCCAAAAGAACUAAUAUUUAUUUAUUUAUUUAAAUUUGAUUUAUGUCUCACCCUUCAUCAUAAGAUCUCCCUGGGUGGUUCACAGAAUAAAAUGUGGGAUAAAAACAAGUGGUUUCCUAUCCCACCUCAGACUUCCUUGCAUUCAGAGUCUCUCCUGGAAACGGGACUUGGAUUUCCCAACAUCAUUUUGCAUAAGUGAGAGGAGAAAUUGCUCAGUUGAUGGAAAACCUGACCAGCUUGUUUCCUGUCUGCUGGUGACAUUUGCUGCCUGCUUCCAUCUACCUUGCAGCGCGUAAGCAAACCACUGCCUUUCUGGCCAUGCAAAGCACGCUGAACUACCUGUGGAAAACGGAUGAUGUGCUGGGUCAAGGUGCCACAGCCAGUGUGUACAAGGCCCGUAACAAGAAAUCAGGAGAACUGGUUGCUGUGAAAGUCUUCAACAAUGCCAGUUACAUGAGACCUCAGGAGGUGCAGAUAAGGGAGUUUGAAGUGCUGAGGAAGUUAAACCACCAGAACAUUGUCAAGCUUUUUGCCGUGGAAGAGAUUGAAAGCUGCAAACAGAAGGUGUUGGUAAUGGAGUACUGUUCAGGUGGGAGCCUGCUGAGCCUCUUAGAAGACCCAGAAAAUGCCUUUGGCUUGUCAGAAUCAGAGUUCCUCAUAGUGUUGCACUGUGUAGUUGCUGGCAUGAACCAUCUCCGUCAGAAUGGGGUUGUCCACAGAGAUAUCAAACCCGGAAACAUCAUGAGGCUGGUUGGAGACGAUAACCAAAAUAUCUACAAACUGACUGAUUUUGGGGCUGCCCGAGAACUAGACGAUGACGAAAAGUUUGAAUCGGUUUAUGGGACGGAAGAAUAUCUUCACCCAGACAUGUAUAAGCGAGCAGUGCUGAAGAAGCCCCAACAGAAGGCUUAUGGGGUGACCGUAGAUCUUUGGAGUAUUGGGGUGACAUUUUACCAUGCAGCCACAGGCAGCCUCCCAUUUAUCCCAUUUGGGGGACCACGCAGGAACAAGGAAAUCAUGUACAAAAUAACAACUGAGAAACCUACUGGAGCUAUAGCAGGAACCCAAGAGCAAGAGAGUGGAACCAUCAUUUGGACCUAUGAGCUUCCAAUCACAUGCCGGCUUUCUGUUGGACUGAAGAGGCAGCUUGUCCCCAUCCUUGCAAGCAUCCUAGAGGCUAACCAAGAGGAGUGCUGGGGCUUUGAUCAGUUUUUUGCUGAAACCAAUGACAUCUUGCAUAGAAAGAUAAUCCACGUCUUUUCUUUGUCGCAAGCUACCAUGCACAAGAUCUACAUCCACUCCUACAACACAGCCCCCAUAUUUUUAGAAGAUGUCUUCAGGCAAACAAAUAUACCUCCCCAUCACCAGGAGUAUUUCUUUGAGGGUUACCCCUAUGAACUGGAGCCUAACUUGCAAGCGCAUCGUUUCCCCAAAACCACUGAAACCUGCCCUCUUAUCAUGCUGAGCACAGAACUUCAGGAUCCAGUGAUGCUGAGAUACAGAGAUCCUGCUUUGGAGUUCCCAAAAUUCCCCCCAAAAGUUGAUGUCGUUGCAGAUUGCAGCACAGCAAAGGGUGUCCUGACUGCAACUCACCAGACGUUGAGGAUAUCUCAGUCCUUUCUGCAGUGUCAAGAGCUCAUGCUCAGAGGCCUAUAUUGGGUGAGUGAGACCCUGAAAUUGGAGUGUCUGCGGAUUCUAGAGAAGAAGCAAGGUGUGAUGGCAACACUCAGUUGCUUGCAAAGAGAAGAGAUGAAGGUUCUGCUGCUGUGCGAAACUAUUGCUGGGGUUGGCGAGAUUCCAGAGAUUAAAGGCCUGGCGGAACUGAAAACAAGACUACAAGCUGUUGAAGAAAUUUCUAAAUGUUUCCAAAGCAUCUCUGAUCACCAGUCGGUUGUACAAUGCAUUCUGUCUGAUGUGGGAAAGAAAAGGAGUCAAAUAAAAGAAGUCAGAAGCAUCCAGCAGAUGGAGGCUUGCCUUGACAAGAUGCAGCUUAUCUACAACCAGUUCAAGAAGACCCGGAAAUGCAGGGGCCUGGGCUACAAUGAGCAGCAGAUCCACAAGCUGGAUAAGGUGAAUUUAGGACAUUUAGCAAAAAAGGUUCUUUCAGUUUUCCAGGACAACUGUUUGCAACAAUACAAAGCUGCUCUUUUGGCACAUGGAAUUAUAAUGAGGAAGGUGUUUGACCUGAAGAAGAGUCUGAAGAAGCUGAACAGAUCUUUAACCUCCUGUGGUGCAGAGACCUCAGGGUGCCAGGAUUGCCUUGAUAAAGCUUUGGAUGAGUUGCCUCAGAGAAUCCUCCAAGGCAACAAAACACAAUCUGCACCUACACAAGUUUACAUGAACGAGAAGCACCAAGACAUGGUGUUUGGGAUGCAAGAGCUUCAGGACCAGAUGAAAAUAGUAGCUCACAAUCUCCAGCUCAACAAUAGCAUCAUCCAGCGGUUAAAUGGUGUUGCACCAGGACUGUAGGGAUGAGAAUAGGCUGCAGAGCCUGAAAUUAUAAUGUGGGUAAAUCCACAUCGUUGAAGACUUAUUGGGGAGAAAACUUCAUUGUUGAGUCUUAAAGAUGCCUAUGCAUUCUACCUCCCUGCUGUAGCACUUUGAUGUGGAUUUAAGAGAGUGGACCGUCUAAUCAGCAUACCUCAAUAGAGAACAAAAUGUGUUUGAUGUGUUAGUUACAUUUUGAGAGAGAGAAAUAUUGUUUCCCACCCACCCAAAUUUUAUUGUUUGCUUACUCCUGUCAAUCUUCAGCAAUGGAACUGGAGGUUCUUUUCCUUGGUUCAGUGAGAGCUGGCAUUUUGAAGCUUGUCAUGCACUUUUAACAGGCACUGGAGCCUCACUGAACCAAACCUGGCUAGCCGGCUGCCUUGAAAUGUUUGUUGUUAAGUACUAGAAAUACUUAUCUCGGAAGCAAAGAAACUAUACCUCACCGUACUGUUCCUUGGUUGACCUUUGUUCAUUGAUGAGCCCUUUCUGGUACAGUAGUCUAAUGUAAAAAGGAUCCUAGGUUUGAGGGACCAAAGUUGUGUCCCCCAGGCUUCAAGCAGUGACUCAGAAACUAACUUCAAAAAGAGACGUCAGAGAGUCUGGCAAGUGGGCAUUAUCAACCUACAGUAGUGCUGUCUGCAAACAAGCCAGGUGUAGAUGCCAGUACAGAGACCAAAGUAGGAUGUGGCAUGUGAGAAGCUGGAAUCCCCCAAGGAACUAAUAAACUCUGCACUGAAGCCCUCACAGUUUUCUGCCUUUCUUGACAACUAUGGCAAUGAACCCAUCUGGAAGCAUCUGAAUAGUGGUAAGAGAUGAGACGUUAAGACAGGGUUGGUUUAAAAACUGCAUUCACCAAAGGAGACACACGGGCUCUGUUUGACAUGAUGGAACAUGAUGGAGAAAGUUGUCCACUUCCCGAGAGCUGUCCUUCCUGCUACAGGGCUUGCUUGGUUUGGCCAUGUCUCUCUCUCUCUCUCUCUCCUGGGCUUUUUGAUUGUCUGUUGGAACCUGGCAUUGUAUAGGAAGACUUACCGGGAAGAAGUCUUGUGUAGGAAGCCUUGCUCCUUGCCUGUAACUGCCAGUCAGGUGAGACUCACCCCCCCACCCCACUUGUCAGGGCUGCUUAGUCUGAGAAAACAAAACUAAUUUAUCUUCUUUUGAUCUGUUGGUUAGAGUGGUUCAAGGGGCACAAUAGAGCCUUGGUCGCUCACAGUGCACAUACCCUUUUUAAUAAGAAAAAAAACCUUACUCUGAUGAGAAAAUAUUUGUAGAAGGUUUAGUAUGUAGGUUGUAUUUUUGUUUUAAGCGUAUUGAU